UUGAUGAAGGAAAGAACCUUAACAUUAAUAUUUCAGAUCAGCUAUGGAGCCACAGAUGCCAUUUUCACUGACAGAUCGAGGUUCCCAUACUUCUACCGAGUGGUCCCUAAUGAAGGAUAUAUCUAUCGAGCUCUCAUUCAGCUGCUGAAGCACUUUGGUUGGACCUGGGUGGGAAUCAUAAUUGAAUAUAACGAGAGUAAUUAUUUAAACAGAGAACUAAUCGACCUGAUCACUAGCGAUGGGAUGUGUGUGGAAUUUGUUCAUGAAUUAGAUUGGAAUGAAUGGAGAAUAACAGCCAGUAGGCAAUAUAAAAUCCUAAAAUCAACUGCCAGAGUUAUUAUAAUCAGCGUUUCCAUAGAGAAAUUAGCAGAAGCAUUUGCCUUUAUACAAGGACAUUCUAAAUUAAGAAGAAUAUGGAUUUUGUCAGUCACAUCAUUAUAUAUUGACCCUUUAUAUUAUUAUCUUACAGACAUCUUAAAUGGAAGUUUGACUUUUCUAGUUUCUGCUGGUGAGAUUGAGGGAUUUCGUGAUUUUUAUCUCCGUGCAAACCCUGAUCAGUAUUCAGAAGAUCCCUUUAUUUAUAAAGUAUGGGAAAACGUGUUUUAUUGUAUUACUCCUCAAAGUAGUAAAGACACUCUACUUGAUGCAUGUGGAAAUAAAAGCCUUGCAUCUGUUCGUCACAUUAAAGAUUCAGAUCUCAGAGUAUCAUAUCGUGUGUACAAAGCUGUAUAUUUGUUGGCCCAUGCUCUACAUCUAUUACUCUCAGAGAAGACUUCUCAUGGGGCACCUACAAAGAAAGACCAACUGGAGAGCAAACUGAAUCCAUGGAAGCUGAAUCACUUGCUGAGAAACAUUCACUUUACAUCUUCAUCAUCACAAGAAGAGAUUUACAUCAACGAGGAAGGAGAAACUCAAGGACAAUAUGAUCUCACAAACUUAUUCAUGUUGCCUGAUCAGAGAGGCAAUCUACUGAGUAUGAUUAAAGUUGGAAGCUUCAAUACGUUGACCCCUGAUCAGCUGAUUGUCAAUGACAGCGCCAUCUUGUGGCACCCAGAUUUUACAGAGAUCCCUCAAUCCGUGUGCAGUGACAGUUGUAGCCCAGGAUACUGGAAAAGCUCUAGGGAAGUACCGUUUUCCUGCUGUUAUGACUGUGUGCCCUGCGCAGAAGGACAUAUCUCCAACACAACAGAUAUGGAAACCUGUAUCCAAUGCCCAGAAGAUCAGUGGCCCAAUGACAAUAGAACUGUUUGCAUCCAGAAAAUAAUAGAAUUCCUUUCAUAUGAAGAUCCAUUGGGACAGUCUCUGGCUGCAGUCUCAGUUUUCUUUAGUCUUAUUGUCACAUCAGUUGUUCUGAUUUUCAUAAAUCAUCACAAAACUCCAGUGGUCAAGGCCAAUAACCAAACCAUGAGCUACACGCUCCUCCUCUCACUCACAUUGUCCUUCCUCUGCUGCUUCUUGUUCAUUGGGCGACCUCAGAAAGUCACCUGCCUGCUCAGACAAGUUACAUUUGGGAUCAAUUUUACACUUUCUGUCUCUUGUGUCCUGGCUAAAACGGUCACAGUUGUCAUUGCCUUUAAUGCCACAAAGCCUGGAAGCAAGAUAAAGAAAUGGGUGGGAACCAGAGUGUCCAUCUGGCUGGUCCUUCUCUGCUCACUGGUCCAGGUUGGGAUAUGCCUGGUCUGGCUGAUCUCCUCCCCACCAUUCCCAGACUAUGACACUCACACUUACACUGGGAAGAUGAUAUUACAAUGUAAUGAAGGUUCUGUCACUGCAUUCUACACUGUGAUUGGUUACAUGGGAUUCCUGUCUGCAUUAAGUUUCAUUGUUGCUUUCCUGGUUAGGAAGUUACCAGACAGUUUCAAUGAGGCCCAGCUGAUCACUUUCAGUAUGCUGGUGUUCUGCAGUGUUUGGGUGUCCUUCAUCCCAGCGUACCUGAGCACCAAGGGCAAAUACACGGUGGCUGUGGAGAUCUUUGCUAUCCUGACUUCCAGUGCAGGGCUGCUGGGCUGUAUCUUCAUUCCCAAGUGCCACAUUAUCCUUUUCCACCCUGAGCAGAACACUCGGAGCUACAUAACUGGAAAACCCUUACAGUGA